GUACGGUUUUUUCAGGUUCAGACUGCAUAUAGCAAAUGGGAAGGCAAAUGGUCUCAAGUGUAUGGUAGUACCGUUCUCCGAAUUUAAGUCUGUUCCAAAUUUAUUCUUGAAUGGAAAUGGAUUUCUUUCUGCCGUUCCCAUGUAUUUGAAGGUUUCCGCAUUUCCCAAAGACGAGCGACGCCAACGCCAAUUUAUGUAGGCUCCAUAUUUUUUAACGAAACGUGUUGUGUGGAAAUACAAGCGUGCGGUAUGAUUGUUAUUUCGGUGUGGGAAGCUUUUUAAAUAUCAAAUUUAAAUUAUUGUAUCUUUGUUUUAUGGAAAUUAUGAACUAAAGGAAGUGCCGUAUCGAAAGUGAGGUUAUUUACUAACUACUUGAACUGAAUAUAAUGUAAGACGGAGCACGGCUAAUAACAAAAAACGGUGGUUUUAAGAUCCUACGCGAAUUUUGUAAUUAAAUCGUCUCGUUUCCUCUAGUUUAAAUUAAUGUAAGCAGUUACUGAGCACUGCUGUUAAAUAUGAGUGUGUUGUGCACUUUGACGAAUGGAUGGAUUAUUUCGCACGAUCAUUUUAUUCGUACUGUGUACGAAACAGUUCAGGGGAUACCAAAUAAAAGUUUUGCAUUUGAUUCUUCAUUGUUUCAAAUCAACACACCAUUUGUCAGGUCUUUGUGCGUCAGUAAAAACAAUCCUGUUGCUGAAAUUAAUUGUUCAGCUUCACCGCCAAGGAAAAGACGAAAAAAGCGACGAAAAGGAACAGAGAUUGUUAACAUGAAAGAUGUUGCAAAUGUUCAAAAAUAUGCUGCAUCGGUGAUUGAGGAGGUAACGAAACUCGAGUACUUCAGUUACGUGCCAACUUCAAGUGACAGGGAAAGAAAUAAUGCGGCUGCUCAAGAUAAGGCUCAUAGCUUUUACCUAAGUUACCCUGUGUCAGCAGCUUUAAGGCUGCAUGGUGAGAACAGCUUAAGCCAGGGAUUGAUCACUCAAGUGAACUGUGAAAAUUACUUGGUGCCUGCAGAAUGCAAGUUUUUCAGCUAUGAUGUGAAUGAAAUUGAGCACAAGCUGCAUCUUUUGUCAUGCCCAUAUGAUCUUGUCCUGCUGGAUCCACCAUGGUGGAAUAAGUACAUCCGGCGGAAGAAGGCCAAAUGUGCGAGAGCUGGAUACCAAAUGAUGUACAGCAUGGACUUGAUGAAAAUUCCUGUAGCAAAUCUGACAGCACCAGGUUCCCUGGUUGCAGUGUGGUGCACCAAUUCAGACAGUCAUCUUACCUGCCUUUGCACUGAAGUAUUUCCAGCUUGGGACAUUGAAUAUGUGGGGAAGUGGUUCUGGCUAAAGGUGACGCGUGGUGGAGAGCCAGUGUGUCAGUUUUCAGAGCCUCCUGGGAAGCAACCGUUUGAACAGAUAGUGUUUGGAUACAAGAAAGGUGGGAAGAGGAAGCAGCCGCUGCCAGAACCAGGCAGAGUUAUCCUCAGUGUGCCAAGCGCUAUUCACUCACACAAACCACCCUUAUCAGAUGUUCUGGCUCCGUAUUUGCCGACAAAUCCUCGCUGCAUGGAAAUAUUUGCCAGAUACCUGCUGCCAGGAUGGACAAGCUGGGGCUGUGAAGUUCUAAAGUUGCAGCAUCUCUCUCUGUAUGCAGACAGGGAUGAUGAUACCUGAAGCCGUCAUGGAAAUCAUGCUAAUAGGUUUGCUGAGAAUGAGGUCUAGGAUGGGUCUGAGAUUUGGUAGGCUAUACAUGUCAUGGAGAUAGGGUGAGUCAUACAGCACCCAAGGAUAUGUGGUCAUCCCUGAUGGAUACUUGACUCUUUGGUGUGUCAUGCCCUGAUGCUGUCAUACUAAUUUAAUUUGACUGUAACCGUAAAAUUUAAGUAGCUUUUGGGUGAAGUAUUGGGGGGGGGGGGGGGGAUAUUUGGUGUUAUAUGUGUAAAGGUAUUCAGCAGUGAUGUGGAAUUUGGUUAGAAUUGAAAUCUUUAGUCCUAAUGGCAAUUAACAAUAUGUCUACAGUAAUCUGCACAAGGGGAGGGGAUGUAUCAUAUAUAUGCAUUAGUUCCUUAUCUUUACAUAUUCUUGGCAGUUUGUGUAGCAAAAGGACCUGACUCGUGAGCUUAGUAUUGUGGCACAAGAAUUGAAUUACCUGCAUAAAGAACUUUCAAAAAUGGGUCAUGCGGUAUUUGUUAAUAGGCAUACCCAGCAGUUUGGCAGAGAUUCUUGAAAAUGUAAUUUAUUUUGUUUGAAUAGAGUGAAACUUACCCUCUUUAUUUCAAAUAUUUCUUAUGAACUGUAUAUUUUUGAAGUGCAACACACACUUCUCCCAGAAUAUCGUUAUGAUUCCUCUGGAUUUGAGAACACCAAUCUGGAUAAUUUUCCUCAGCACUCCUGCCCUCCCCUGACACUGUCAUCAUCCCUGAAGAGAUGUUAUUUUAUACUUCAUUCAUGAUUUUUAUAGUUUAGAUGCGCAAAUUGUAACAUCGAGAAAAACGAUGAAUAGCGCGAAUUAUUUAUAUCAGUUUUAAUUUUAAACAUCAAUAUUAAAAUGGUUUGUGUAUAGACUUGAAGAAUAAAUAUAUGUAUUCAUUCAUGAUGUUUGUGCAGUGAGGACAGACACAUGUGAGUAGCAACAAACUGCUGGCCUUAUACUCAUUGCCAUUGCACACACGUUGUAUACAAACCUGUGUAGUGUACCCAGAGCAAGCAAGUUGAGUGACUAAUGUGUAAGUGAUACAGAAGGCUUGAAUCAUGAAUGUUGCAAAUUAUAUACUGUAUGUUAAAAAACUGUACAUAAUUUUACUUAGUAAUGUAAGUGCUUCUGCUAAGAAACAUCAUUUAGCUCACUUUGUUGUUUCUACAUCUCACUAUUACAGUAAGAGACAUUUUGUUCUUACCUUUUCUGUCUUAGCUUAGAGUAAUCAGGAGGUAGGUACCAAAUUUAUAUCAUACAUAUAUUUAUAACCCGAAACAAAAAAGGUAUUCUUACUAACAUGGUGCAAGGUAAAGAAUGAGAAAGGAAGCUGCAAGGCAGAUGAGAGACCUGUCCUGCUGUGACACUGCAGUCUAUGAUGAACUUAGCACCUGGGAUGGCAGUAAGAUACAUAUGGGCUGGACUUAUAAGUAGGCUUUAUUUAUUUUCAUAUUAUUUUUCAGUAAUAUAUACCUUACAUCUGUUCUUUUAACUAACAGUGAUCAUGAAAAUAUUAAUGUACUUAUGGUUAUACAUAAAUGUUUACUUAUGUAUACAUCAUUAUUACACAUUUAAGAUAAUUUAUGUCCAGUAAAGUUUAGUGAAUAACUGAA